UCGCGGAGCGGAGACGCAGUUCGCACCGGCCUUCUCAAGCACUCGGUCAGCAUCUACGAAGCGACGAACAUGGGCUCACGUACGCGCCGCCGUUGGCUGAUCUUCGCCAUCCUCGGCGCCCUCGCAGCCGGCCUCGGUGACGCCACCCCACCACCCUCGUCACCCACUAAAGGUAAAAGGACGCAGAAUGAAAUAGAAACAUCAACUAUCGCGAUCACGUCAUUACGAAUGUACCACCUGGAUCCACCGUCAAGGCGCCGCUUCCUUAGCGCUUCACUACCUUCACCAACGCUGACUGUUGGCACUUUUGAUGACACAGAAUCAGCAAUCGUCCAGGAGCCAACCAAAAUAUCUCAAAUUGAAUCCCAUCAAUUUAAUGCCAUCAAGGAGGACGAUGUUUUCAAUUGGCUGCACGGAUUGACGCAAGAGCGUAAGCGCCUCUUCCUUGAUAAAAUCGGCUGUACAUCCUGUACUUGUCCACGUAGCUGCACCCGCCGGAAAUGUAAGAAGACCGGACACUUAACCCCAGAAUCGAGGAACCUUGAACCGCCACCGCCUCCGCCUCCGGAAUCUGAUAUCAUCACAACGACUAGUACAUCACCCCCACCGCCUCCCACAACAACAACUCCUGAGCCGAUGACAACAAUCAGGACGACGACCACUAGUACGACUACUACAACGCUUCGACCUACAACAACUACCACCACGACAACAACUGAACUACCACUUAGUAGCUCAAAGUCGACUCCAAAGUUGAUCGAACCAAUACCAACCCCAAAAUUCAUCGAUUACUCUUCUGUGCCCACCCCCAAGAAAGAGAAGUCCAAAUGCCGCAGGAAAAAGAAAGGCGGUAAGGGAGCGAAUUAAGGGGUAUGGGAACAUGACCUCUUCGCCUGUUACUUUUUCGUCUUUCGAUUAUUGUAUAGAGCAUCUGCUAUUUUAAUCGUGCACGCUGAUUCUCGAAUAAAGGGAAAUUUAUCUGA